CCAAGUUUUAAACAGCUUCCUAAUCAGCUGACCGGUUUUAGAUUUUUCGAAUUAAUUGUUUUAAUUAAUGGGAACUUUGUAAUUAGUAUUCUGUUAUUGGUUGUACAAAUUUUGUGAAAAAUUUGGAAACAUUCAUAAUAUUUGGGUUAAAAACGUAUUAACUCAGUAUGUCAGGCCAAUCACGUAUGCUCCUUGUGGGAAUUGGAGCAUCAGUUGGUGUUGCAGUUAUUGGUGUAGCUUUGUGGGUAAAACAUCGCCGAAACAAGCUACCAACUAAAUGGCAAAAAGUUGGCGAAAUUAGUGAUUUAAUAUGUUUUCCGAUAAAAUCAUGCGCUCCAAUUCGUGAAACCGAAAUGGAAGCUACUAAUUUAGGAUUAAAGAAGGGGCUAAUACGCGACAGAGUAUUUAUGGUUGUUAAUUUAGAAGGCGAAUUUGUAACAGCACGUCAAAUUCCAAAAAUGGUUUUAAUUCAACCAGAAAUUGUUGGUAAUACGUUAACUUUAAAAGGUCCUGGUAUGAUUGAUGCUGUUAUAGAUUUGGAACGAAUUCACAAACAAAUUGUUAAACAUGCCGUAGUUUGGGGUGAUCGAGUUAGAGCUAUUGAUUGUGGCGAAGAAGCUGCACGAUGGAUUUCUAGGUAUUUGAUCAGUGAUGAUCUUGGAUUCCGAUUAGUAUUUUACCCAGAAGAAGAGCCACGUGUAACACAUAGAACAAAGAGCUACUUUCCAAAAUUACUGCCAAGUGAUAAUGGCCCGUUGUGUGAUUCAACUAGUUAUAUGUUGAUGACUGAAAGUUCGGUUACAGAUUUAAAUGAUCGUACAAAAAGAAGCACGCCAAUUCAACAAUUUCGACCUAAUUUUGUUGUUAAAGGCACACAACCUUAUGAAGAAGACAAUUGGGAUUAUGUUAAGAUUGGUUCCGAUGCAAUUUUCCGCAAUGUUAGACCGUGUACAAGAUGUGUAUUCACUACAAUUGAUCCGGAAACUGGUGUUAAGGACAGUGGGUCUGAACCAUUAAAGACACUUCGAAGUUAUCGACAAGUUGAAGAUCCAGAGAUAGCUAAAGGUGAAAAAUAUGCUCCAAAACUGGGAAUACAUUUGGGUUUACGUGUUCCAGGAGUGGUAAAAUUAGGUGAUCCUAUUUACAUUAACGUCAACUGAAUGUCUAAUAACCCUCCUGGCUUUUCACCGAGCUAAUUAGGAAAAUAAUGGUAGUUUUUAAGAAAUAAUCGGAGUGUAGAAAAUAAUUUUUAAAAAAUCAAAAAGGUGCAGAAAACCGGUUCAUUAUCGUGUUUUUCAUCAUUUAUUUUUUGGUUUGUAUGACUCGACUUUUUUGUUGUUCUUUUCCGAUUAAAAAAAAACCUUUCUACAUUCUUAUUAUUUUCAAAGAUUUUUCAUAAAAACUACUAUUUUUCUUCUAAUUAUCGCAUUAAAAAACAGGAUGGGUUAAUUCUUUUUAAUAUUAUGGUAUUUUGCGCCGCAAAUACUGCACUAAUAAUACAUAUUCUGCGUAUGAAAAGAAACUAAUGAGCAACUCGUGCAAUUAUCUCUUGAAUUGAACUAUAGGUACUAUUUAAUCUCAUAAAAUAUUUUAAUUUACUUAUUAGUACAGUAAAAGAUGUUGCGAUAAUCGGGUAAGUAAGGAAAAUGAAAUAAAGCGCCCACUUUUUGCCAAAACCUGAUAGAAUAUAAUUCCUAGGUGCCAAAUAUCAUCCAUAAACCACGGACUAGUUGUGUAAAUAUUUCCAUUUGUUAAUAGACAAUAAAUUCUUAAUUAAAUGAAAUG